AUGAAGUUAGAAGAAAUCUUCAGUUGUUCUAAUGAUAUCAGCAAGAGCAAGAAUGUAGAACAAUCGUCUCAAAUAGAAAAAGAACGAUAUUUAAGAGCCAAUGACCCAGAGUUUAAUCGUCGAUUUCGUUAUGCAGAUAAUUUCAUUAAAACGUCAAAGUACAAUCUUCUGACUUUUCUUCCUGCAAAUUUAUUUGAUCAGUUCAGACGUGUAGCGAACACGUAUUUUUUAAUUUUAUUAAUUUUUCAGCUACUGCCAUGGAUUAGUUCUAUGGUAUGGUAUUCAACUGCAGUACCGUUAGCUAUUGUAUUAGCGAUAACCGCCGUAAAAGAUGCCUACGAUGACAUCGAACGCUAUCGUAGCGACAAUCAGGUUAAUCAUCGGGUAUCAUACGUUGUUCGAAAUGGAAGACUAGUGGAGGAAAAGUGGAUGAAUGUUAGAGUCGGAGACGUUAUUCGUAUGGAAAACAACCAGUUUGUUGCUGCAGAUUUAUUUUUACUAUCGACAUCCGAACCACACAGCUUGUGUUACGUUGAAACCGCUGAGCUGGACGGAGAAACUAACUUAAAGCCUCGGCAAGCAUUACGUGAAACCGCGGAAAUGGGAGACAAUUUAAGCAAAAUUAGUAGUUUUAGAGGAGAUAUCAAAUGCGAGCAUCCGAAUAAUGUUCUAGACCGUUUUGAGGGAAAAUUGGUGAUAGGAAGUCUUUCUUUGCCUAUUAAUAACAAUAAUAUGCUUCUCCGAGGUUGCGUCCUUAGAAAUACAAGAUGGUGUUACGGUGUGGUUGUUUUUGCUGGUAAAGAUACGAAACUAAUGAUGAAUAGCGGGAAAUCAAAAUUUAAACGUACAAGUUUAGAUCGUUUCCUCAACAUACUUAUCAUGGGUAUAGUGUUAUUUUUGGCAGCAAUGUGCUUAAUAUGCACCAUUUUAUGUGGACUUUGGGAGUGGACUCAUGGAAGAUAUUUUACAAUUUAUUUGGAAUGGGAUCCUAUCAUUCCAAACAGGGAAGAAAAAUCUUCUACACAAGUUGCGUUAAUUGCUUUUCUUAUGUUCUUCUCUUACGUUAUUUUGCUUAACACCGUCAUGCCAAUCUCGCUGUAUGUCAGUGUUGAAGUUAUUCGGUUCUUUCACUCACUAUGGAUCAACUUUGAUAGAGAAAUGUAUUUUGAAAAGAAGGAUGUCGCAGCACGAGCCCGAACAACUACAUUGAACGAAGAGCUUGGUCAAGUGCAAUAUAUAUUUAGUGACAAAACGGGUACUCUAACGCAAAAUAUAAUGGCUUUUAAAAAAUGCUCUAUUGAUGGGAGAAGUUACGGAGAUUUGUACAAUUCUAGAGGAGAAAUGGUUGAAAUAACUGAGGGUGUAGGCCAGCAGGCAGAAAUAGAGAGAUAG